AUGUCCGCCACCAUAGACUCAGAGACGCUCAAGCAGUACCUGGCCGAUAGCCCGCCUACUAUCGUGCCUCUGACCAUCAAGCCUCACUUUGACGCACUGAGCGACAAAGAGAAGCUCUAUGCCCACCAUCUCUCGGUAGCCUGCUUCGCCGGAACACGCGUCGUCCUUCGCCAAGUCUCCCCCGAAUCCGAGCACAUCUACGACUUCAUCGUUGCGCUCCACAAGCACGCCAAGGGCGACUAUGCUUCCCUCGCCAAAGACACUGGUCUUUCUCAGGAAGAGAUUGACGCAUAUCUCGAUUACUCGGCGCAGUUCCUAGGCAAUCUAGGCAACUUCAAGUCCUUUGGUGACUCCAAGUUCGUACCCCGCCUCGAACCGCGGCAGCUGAAGGCGCUCGCGACUGCCUCCAAAGACACACUAGCCAUAUACGAAAAGUUCAGGGACGCCAUAUACAUUGGAAAUGAUGUGGGAAAGCUGCAUCUGGGCUACCCCGGUGCUGGACAUAUCUCAACUUACUACCCCGAUAGUCCCGAUAUCACCAGCGAGCAGAUCUCCAGCGUGAGCGACUUCCUCGAAGGAAAAGGGCUGCUCCCAGAAAACACAAGGGUUAAGAAGACCAGCGACGGCUACGAGGUUCUCAUCGCUUCGGCUUCGAACAACCCAUCGGCAGAGCAACGGGAUCUCAAGGAGAGCGAGUGGACAAUGGACAACGGGCUCAAGGUGAAGCUGGUAUUCGGUGACUACUCCAAAGAGAUGGAAACCAUUGCGCACCACAUUGAGCAGGCGAAGAAAUACGCAGCCAAUGACCACGAGAUCAAGAUGAUGGAAGAAUACUCCAAGAGUUUUAGGACAGGAUCACUACAAGCUUUCAAGGAGAGCCAGAAGGCCUGGGUCCAGGACAAGGGGCCUCAGGUAGAAUCCGACAUCGGCUUCAUCGAAACGUAUCGCGACCCACAUGGCAUUCGCGGCGAGUGGGAAGGCUUCGUAGCCAUGGUCAACAAGGAGCGAACACGGGCCUUUGGCAAAUUGGUUGAGACUGCACCGCAGUACAUUCCUCUGUUACCGUGGGACAAGUCCUUCGAAAAGGACAAAUUCCUCAGUCCCGACUUCACGUCGCUCGAGGUGCUAACAUUCGCGGGCAGUGGUAUCCCCGCUGGAAUCAACAUUCCAAAUUACGAUGACAUUCGACAGAACUUCGGUUUCAAGAACGUGUCUCUUGGCAACAUCCUCUCCGCGAAAGCACCGAACGAGAGCGUCCCCUUCAUCAAAGACCGUGAUCUAGAAACCUACCAAAAGUACCGAGAUCCUGCCUUCGAGGUCCAGGUCGGUCUUCACGAGCUGCUCGGUCAUGGGUGUGGUAAGCUGCUGCAGGAGACGGAGCCAGGCGUUUUCAACUUUGAUAAAGAGAACCCUCCGAUUUCACCCCUAAGCGGCCAGCCAAUAAAAUCUUGGUAUAAGCCUGGUCAGACUUGGGGAUCGACAUUUGGUACUAUCGCUGCAUCCUACGAAGAGUGCCGUGCCGAGUGCGUCGCCAUGGCGCUCUCGUGUGAAUUCCCCAUACUGCAGCUGUUCGGCUUUGGCGACGGCAAAGCCGACAUGAGUAGCGAAGCGGGAGACGUCCUGUUUACCGCAUACCUCCAAAUGGCACGUGCGGGCGUUGCAGCUCUGGAAUUUUGGGAUCCCAAGAGCAGAAAAUGGGGUCAGGCCCACAUGCAGGCCCGCUUCUCUAUCUUGCGCACAUUUCUGAAUGCUGGUGUCGAGUUUUGUCAGCUGGAAUGGGAGAAGGAUGAUCUUUCCGACCUGACCAUCCGCCUUGAGCGUGACCGCAUCCUAGAUCUGGGUCGCCCUGCUGUGAAUGACUACCUCCAGAAGCUUCACAUCUACAAGGCUACUGCAGAUGUCACAGCUGCGAAGAGGAUGUAUGAUGAAAUUACCAGUGUCGAACCCUUCUACGAGAACAUGGUCCGACCAGCCGUUCUGAAGAAGAAGAUACCAAGGAAGGUGUUUGUCCAGGCAAACACAGUCGAAAAGGACGGCAAGGUCGAUUUGAUUGAGUACGAAGCAACCAACAAGGGCAUGAUCCAGAGCUGUGCGGACAGAGAGUACGUUUGA